CUCCAUCUCGCUUCCUAUAUAAGCACCUCCUCCCUCCCCAUGGCUACCACACCUCAUCACUUGCAAACACACAAAGACAGCCAGCCAGCCAUCGAUCCUAGCAUCAGAUCAGCAGCUUAGCUAGCAGUGUACGUUCUGAUCGAGCCACUGCACGCAGAUGGCGAGAGCGGUGGCACUCGCGGCAGCCGUCCUGCUGGCGGCGGCGCUAGCGCUGCUGGCGGCGGCGCCGGCACCGGCGUCCGCGGUCGAGUUCGGCGCGGAGGAUCUGGCCUCGGAGGAGGCGCUGUGGGCGCUGUACGAGCGGUGGCGAGGCCGCCACGCGGUGGCGCGGGACCUGGGCGACAAGGCGCGCCGCUUCAACGUGUUCAAGGAGAACGUGCGCCUCAUCCACGACUUCAACCAGCGGGACGAGCCGUACAAGCUCCGCCUCAACCGCUUCGGCGACAUGACCGCCGACGAGUUCCGCCGCCACUACGCCGGCUCCAGGGUCGCGCACCACCGCAUGUUCCGCGGCGACAGGCAGGGAUCCGCGUCCUCCUUCAUGUACGCCGGCGCGCGUGACCUCCCGACCUCCGUCGACUGGAGGCAGAAGGGCGCCGUCACCGACGUCAAGGACCAGGGCCAGUGCGGUAGCUGCUGGGCGUUCUCGACGAUCGCGGCAGUGGAGGGGAUCAACGCGAUCAAGACGAAGAACCUGACGUCGCUGUCGGAGCAGCAGCUGGUGGACUGCGACACCAAGGGCAACGCCGGGUGCGACGGCGGGCUCAUGGACUACGCGUUCCAGUACAUCGCCAAGCACGGCGGGGUGGCGGCGGAGGACGCGUACCCGUACAAGGCCCGCCAGGCCUCCUGCAAGAAGUCGCCGGCGCCGGCGGUCACCAUCGACGGGUACGAGGACGUGCCGGCCAACGACGAGUCGGCGCUCAAGAAGGCGGUGGCGCACCAGCCGGUGUCGGUGGCCAUCGAGGCGAGUGGCUCCCACUUCCAGUUCUACUCGGAGGGGGUGUUCGCGGGGAGGUGCGGCACGGAGCUGGACCAUGGCGUCACGGCGGUCGGGUACGGGGUGGCCGCGGACGGGACCAAGUACUGGGUGGUGAAGAACUCGUGGGGACCCGAGUGGGGGGAGAAGGGGUACAUCCGCAUGGCGCGCGAUGUGGCCGCGAAGGAGGGCCACUGCGGCAUCGCCAUGGAGGCGUCCUACCCCGUCAAGACCUCGCCCAACCCCAAGGUCCGCGCCGUCGUCGUCGGCGACGACGACAGCCACGACGAGCUCUGAAUCGCAUGCGCACACAGCAGGCACAGCUGGCGCUUAUUUAUUGAUUAAACCAUUUAAAAUUAUCACUACACAUUUUACACUACAGUACCGAUGUAUGUAUGCUCGGACAGGAACAUCUCUGUUGCGGUCUGAGAAUGUCUGAAUGACAUACGCACAUUAUACAACGUGCAUUCAUGUAAUACCAUACCAGUCGAGAGUUGAUCUACCAGCAGCUUUCGUUUCAUUCAGUUAUUAUUAUAUUGACCUAUAAAAAUGACUAUGUAUGCAUUUGAUCAAGACUUUGAAGCAUCA